UUUGUUGUGAUACUGUCCUACUCUUACCAGUCGAAAGAAGAUUUCACAGGAAAGAGUCAACAAUUAAAAACUCUUUGGAAUAACAUGAAGCUCACUGGCCUUUCUCUAGCCUUGCUGAUCCCACUGCUGUCUUUGAUAUUGAGAGUACAGGCUGGAGUGGUGGACGACUUCAACCAUGAAGAGCGCUGUAAGGAUUUUCUUUAUAUGGGCACUCCACCAAAAGGUUACCUCAGUACCUCACUAAAAAAGAUAUGCCAGCGAUAUAUGGACAAGCCACGCUUCAUCACUUUCUAUGACCCCCAAAAACACAUUCCCAUCUACUCAGCCUACACCUUCAAGAAAUCAGAUGGUGAGAAACGAGUAGACGUUCCUUGGAUGUUUGAACCACAGCUGGCAACUGAGAAGGGUAGCAGUAGUAUGGAACCCUUCCCCCAGUCAUUCUUCAUGCACAAAAACUUUGAAGACACACAAGCUGUGUUGGAAGACUACGCUGAUGUGAUCCAAUAUGAACGUGGCCAACUGAACCCAGAUCAGCAUCAGGCAGACCCACUUGACAAGGCCGCCACGUACACCUUAACCAAUGUAGUUCCCCUGAUAAGGGAGUUCAGUUUUGGUCCCUGGAGCACACAGCAAGAGGCAAUCCGCAAACGACUCAACAACUAUUGUAACGGAAAGGCUAAUGUAAUCACUGGGGUGACGAUGUCCGGUAACAUGAUCCGUCGUGAUAACCUGGAUCGUGUGGCCAUCCCGGAGUACAUAUGGACAGCUUAUUGCUGCACGGAUUAUGAUCGCAAUGCUCCUUACUCAGAGCGCUACAAGUUUCCGGCAUUUGGUGCCUAUGGCCUUAAUGAUCGUGUGAACAACCAGAUAGUAGAGGUUCCAACUAAGAAUCUGGAGAAAUUUCUCAAGGGCAAAAUGCAGGUGGACAGGAACUUCCAGAUUUUUUAUAGCGACUAUGUGUCUAAUUCCUAAUAUGCCACAAACCAAUCAAAUGGUUUCAUUAUAAUCUGAGAUCUUAAUACAUUCAGUAAAACAUAGCAUUUGUGGCAUCGCAUUUACUUAUGCCACAUAUUAUGUGUUUUAAUGCAUUUCACAAAGGCCUUUAAACCCCUUCAGAUUAGAGGUUAAAUACUUUAUAUUACUAUUACUAAUCACAUUAUAUUAAAAUGAUGAAUAAUUUAUUCAUUAACCACUUAUAAAUAAUUUCUAUAAAUGAUAAUUUAUCAGACAUUGUGUUUUCCUUGAUGACCUCCUAUUGGAAAUGUUUGGGAAACAAGUCUUUGUUGUAAGUGUGAGAUGCUGGUAAAUUAUAAAGCCUGUGAAACUUUUAGAUACAUUUUGGUUAAAUUACUUAAAUGUAAAUAUAAGCAUAAAACAGAGUGACAAACAUCAACAUGCUGUCAACAUUGAAGAAUCUCAACUGUGUGAAGAAAUAUAUCUAAAUAAAGUUGA